AUCAUUGGUCUGAUUAUUAACACAUCUAUGGUAAUAUCAUUCCUAUGAAUACUUCUUAUAAGUGGGAUGUACAACAGAGCCCAAAAGUGCACAUAUGCACAAAAUGACACAAAAUGAUCAGAAUUAUGCACAAUAACACACAUAAAAAUCCAAAAUGUGGACAAGACUAAGUUUAAUAUAACAUCUGUUUAACUUCUAACAUGAAAGUAAGGUUAAUAAUAUAACGGAUUACACAUUUUUCUGUUUCGAUCAGCUCCAACUCCAUUAAGUUGCGAUCAGCCUCCAUUGACGUUUGCAUACACUAGCAUACACACAAAACAUCGGCGAAGAAGAGCAAACCCGUGAAAACACAAAGAGCCAACUAGCGUUUCGGCGGUGUAAUUGCAGUACGACGCAUAGUCUCAACGCAGAACCAUAAAUGUUCACGACGGCAUCGUCUACGUACGUAGGAACAAUAAAUUGGCCUUAAGUUGUCAGAAAAAUUCCUCUUUGCCCCUCUGAUCUCCUAUUCCAGUGUGAAUUUGGCCUGUUUAUACAAGACUUUGUCCCCCCUUCUGUAAGCAUCUUCUUUGGCCUGACGGAGCUGUCUGAGUUUUGCCGUGAACCACGGUUUGUCGUUGUUGUAAGUUAGAUAAGACUUGGUAGGGAUGCACAUAUCCUCACAGACACUGAUAUAUCAAGUUACAGUUUCUGUCAGCUCGUCCAGAUCAGUGGCAACAGCUUCAAAAACAGUCUAAUCAGUGAAAGAGAAACAGGCUUGUAAAUCCUGCUCUGUUUCAAUAGUCCAUCUUUUAACAGUUCUUAAUACAGGUGAAAGUAUUAUCAUUUCAAAUACAGUAGAACAGCACUUCUACAUACCACUGCUGUGUGUGGCAGUGUAGAGCAUCUGCUACGUUUAACAAUUUUUUCAGUUUCCUAUUUCUCUGUGCUUUAAGGCUCCCCAACCGGAAACUGAAGAGGGUUCUUGCGUUAAACGCGGAAGUAACGCGUACAUAGAGCCCAUUGCUUAUUAAUUAAACAAUAAUAUUCUAUAUAGCUCUUUUUAUUGUUUACACAGUGUGAUGGUUGUAAAGAAACAUUCAAUAUUUAAACAUUCCAUAACGCCCCAAAACAGAUUGAACAUAAUAUGUAUAAUUCAGUAGCGAACCGUGACGUUUGAGCAUUGGCCCUCUGCAACCCAACAACCCAGUCCGCAUCCAUCAUUAUACCAUCACACUUACCACAUGAUACAUUUACAAUGCUACUCCAGACUUGAAACGCAACAAGCCAAACAGCACAUCAAGACAGUUAUCAUCAAAAUAAAAUGCAAUACAAAUCAUUAUUACACAUAUGCAUUAUUAUCAGCGAUCGGCGAUCCGUGUGUAUGUGCUCUUCAACGGAAUAAUGGACCGGGUUGCACACACACAUGACCGACACUGCCCCCCAGUCUGAUCACAAAACAACCCAGACUAACGUACACAAUACCAGAUUAAAAAGCAACACCUCAUGAGAGCGCUCUCAGCAAAGAAAACAUACACUAUAAACAAAGAUUCACCAGCGAAUAAACUGUGAUUAUAAUAAAUCUUAAUAUUAAACUUGUAACGUCACAGUGAACAAAACGUAUGGAACUGACCGUAGUAAAUGUACAAUUUAUCUGAUAAAAUGUCACUGUUAUGCAGAAUAACAGAAAAUAUGCACAAUAUGUUACAUUUAAGACUGACCAGUCAAAAACACUCUCAAAUUAAGCUCACAUCAGCAACCAAAAUUAAUUGAGGCACGGCGGCCUAAUAAAUCAUAAAUAACUUACAAUUUGAUGAUCAAAUUACUUGAUAACCAAGUCUUCCUCCUGUUGUUUUGAACAACGUUUAUCAGCUUUUCUCUUUUUUUCUGAGACUUGAUAACCAAGUGUUUUGCGUUUUGAAUGACGUUUUCCGCAAUUCUUCUUUUUUUUUAAGUUUGGCGGUUGGCGAACCAACUUGGGUGCUUCUUCCGCUUUAUGAGAUUGCUGGUGAACAACCCCACAGAUUGGCGGAAUGUUAGCAAAAAACUACCGCACGCCGGUUUAUAAAGACGAUAUGAUUGGUCAGUUUUACUCAAAAUCACUCAAAAUGAAUCUCUCCCAUUGAUUUAUUGUAGUGUCAGCCAGCAGUAUGCUAACAGAAGGCUCCCGACGUAAGCACACGUUCGACUUCUUGCAGCAUGCGCAGGCUGCGCAGACAGCGUAUGACAUCGCAGAAUUGCGACUUUGAGGCUGCAUGCUUUAAAGAACAAGUCCUCGUUUUUAAGUCCGCGACCUUGGAAGGUUGCAGCCCCCGAAUUGGGACACACCUAAUGAGUACGUUUGAUCACAGAGGCACUCAACAAUGCUCAACCCUAGUGCUGUCGGUUGCUGUAAUGUGAACGUUUUUUAAGAAAACAUAUCGUUAUUGCUUCGUGACAAAUCACCUCACCUUGUACCUUGUAAAACUGUUCCAUAAGACAACGUAUUAAUUGAUACGAAGAAUGCAAUGAACGAAUGCAGUCAGGUCUCGUUCAAACGUAAAUCAUGACGCAAUUAGUCACGAGAGCCAAUGGCACUUCACCUUCGAAACUGACAUAAUGACGCAAUCAGUCACGUGACUCGCUAGAGCCAAUGCUAUACUAGCUAACGUAGCGCUUCUUCUGGUGGCAAUUUAUAUGUGUUCACUGGAUAUUUACAGCGGAUGGUGAUUGCUUUUGACACUGUUACUCACAAAUCGAUCGUUUGAACUUGGUAGCAUGGAAUAUUUUUAGUUUUAAAAAAGUGAUUGUUGUUUAUUAUACGUUUUAAAUUAAAGCAAUAAGCCCCAAGAAGCAGUGGGUUACAGUGCAUUUUAUAGCAGCUAAGGGGUGUUGUUACACUGGGUUCACACGAAUUAACACGAAUUAAGCUUUUGGCGCGAGUAAAUUACAUACAAAGUCGAUGCAAAGACGCGUGUAGAAGCGAACUCGCGGUAGGCGGUGCGAAUGACGCGAAUCGGGUGGCGCGAUUGCCGUGUCUUCCGCGAAGGUCAGAUCGCGUCACUUAAGUGAAAAUAACGAACUUUUCCCGCGAGUAAUAACGGACGCGAUUGUUCACGUUUGGUGUGAACCCAGCGCUCGGCACGACGCGAAGCGGAGAUAUAAAACUCCCUUAGUUGUUAUAAAAUGCACUGUAGCCCACUGCUUGGGGCUUAUUGCUUUAAUAAAACGGUUAUUCCAUAGCAAGCUGAAACACAGACGCAACAGUGGCGCAGUGAAACUUAGGCUAUGUAAUAUGGUCGGCAGUUAUAAAUCGGGUAUUUUCCCUUAAGAAAAUUAACCAUGUUUUUUGUGGUACAAGUGUAGUAACCAUAUUUUUUUGGUGGAUUGAUUACUUAGGGCAAAACCAUGGUUUUACUACAGUAACCAUCGUUUACUAUGGUUUUUACAAAAAACAUGGUUUUCAAAACCAUGGUUAUUUUGUGAUAACCAUUGUUUUACUACAGUAACCAUGGUUUUUUGGUUUUAACUGUAGUAAAACCAUGGUCAAUUUUCGUAAUGGUUAUAACAGCUUAGAACGUGACUCAACCAAGAAGAAUCAAGGACCGUUCAGAACUGACCGUUUUAAAAUAAAUAACGUUACUUCCUCAAAAUGACUGAACAACGUGAUGCAAAUGCUUGUUAAAUUGAAAAUCGUACCUUAAUACACCAGUAUAGAAUUGUAUAAUGGAGUGGUGUAGGGAUAACGUAUUUUUGUUCCCUCGACGAAAGCCUAUUAAUUUUUCCCAUAGACUUUUGGAAGAUCGCAAAAAUAAGAUCUGUGAUUAAUAAAGGUUUAUGAUGUUUACACAUUUUGUGAUCAUUAUACAUUAACACAACAUUGGGAAGUACGUCAUCACCCCGCGUGUAUAGUCUUUUGACCAUCAUGUUUUUGUUAUGCUGCCCUUUGUUGAGACUGACUUGUUGAUUAUUAUUGAAUAUCUUGUUGAACUUUAUCAUCUGCCGGUUUACUGCCUGUCUACCUUGCUGACAACUGCAAAACUACUUGUUAUCUCUCAGGUGUUUGAGAUCUUGUGUUAUUUAUUUAAAAUGUGUACCUGAUGCUGCUAAUUUCAGUAGUAAAUUGUUAUUAUAUUUUGUGAAUAACAUUCAGUUAUAUGUCUCUGUUCAUCUAACUCAUUUAAUAAUUCAUAUUAUUUUGGGAUUUGUUAACAUUUGUACAGUAAAUGAUCAUUUUUAAAACAGUGUUUACCUGGAAAAUGUGAAUAAUUUCAGAGUAUAUUGACUGUGAUGCAAAACAAAAACACAUUUGUAAAUGAACGAAAGACCAGCUGCACAACUAUGUGUACAUACUGCUGCAAGUAGCAUGUGUGUAUGGUAAACCCAAUAACGUGUAACUCUAUAUUGCAGAUUCUGGCACCAUUGCCCAAAACUGUCUAUGUCUAUGGGAAUUAUUUAUGAAUAAAGAUUUCACGCUAAAGGCUUUAAACAACUGCCUCCUGAUUAAGUGUUUUGACCAGUGUGCAUUUAGCUGCAGACUUCAUUAGGUUUUGAAAUAGUAAAUGCUGGUUUUGCUGGUACACCAGCUGGACCAACACAAAUCAACCAGCCUGAACCACCAUAGAAACACAAACCGAUCUUUAUUUUUCUUUGCUUUUUUAUAUUGACGUUAACCCUUCAAUACUGCUAAGCAUUACAAAUGUUUUAAUAUUAAUGAGUUGCAUGUACUUAGCCCUGCCUAUUGACUCUGAUGGUGAGCAGGUGAGGGAUGUUAUUAAUUGCCAUGGUGACGUCACUGUGAGUGAAUAGAGCGAGUUGAAGCAGAGCUGCUGUCCAUUCGCACGGAUGCUGAACACUGACAUGCAGCUGACACGCCACUCUUACUCUAUGAGGGCCAUAAAAGCAGCACUUAUUGUGUCUUGUUUGCUGUGUCAAGUAGUUCGCACUUCUACAGCCUGCACUUCACACAUGGGUGCUUGUGUUUCUCCACGCUUCUGCAAAAACGAACAAGGUUUCUUCACACAUAUCUGUGAUUUUAAAGAUGGAAGCGGCCAGUUGACUGAUCCAAAGCUCUGUAACAACACUCUUCAGAUGACACUGACGCGAUCACCAGCUCUGGGAGAGUGCCUCUGUUAUUCUUCAGAUCCAUGCAGCACUCUACAACAGAUGUGUUCUCAAUGCCAGCACCAUUCGGCUCAAGAAAACAAGAAACAUGAUGCAGAAUGGCAAACCGGCGGUCAAAUAGACCACCGCAUAAACAGGUCAUGUCUGGAGGAGAUAAUGGCGUGUAUUGAAGAUGAAAUGUGUAACAGGAAGAUGGUGCCGUUUGUUCAGGCCUGCAGUGCUUACCAUUGCAAGUCGCUCCAGUGCAGGCAGGCUAUGGGUCACUUCUACUCAACUCUUCCUCACAGUAGAGCUGAGACAAUGGUGUUCUGUGAAUGUGAUAGAGAAGACCAGGAAUGCCAGCAGAUGAAGGACUCUCUACACUCUGGCUCCUGUGUGACGGAUGAGUCACAGACACCCUGGACCUGCCUAGAGAUGCUGGACAGCUGCUCUGGAGAUGUAUUGUGCAGGCAGAUAUUUAACAGUUACCUGUCGGAUUGUUUCGGUGCAGAGAAAGCUCCGCUUGAUCAUCAGUAUUCUGCAAGUGACUGGCUACAGCUACUAGAUCCAGACUUCUUCCUUGGAGAACAGCAACAAUGCAGGGUGGCCUUUGUGGCUACAAUGGGUUCAGUCCUUCACCAUCCAUGUAUUUGUGACAGAUUACAUCAUCAAGACCUGCAUAAGUGUACUAGGCUGCAACAACUUUUUCAAAACAAGUCUCUUUUCAAGCUUUCAAGGACCAAAGAAACUCUCAGACACAAACUAUCAGAUGAAAUAAAUGUUGGGCCACAACCAACCAAUGAAUCAAGUUCUGAACAACAGCUAACCAAUGAAUUAAGCACUAAGCUUUUAAGCGAUCAGCUGUUGUACUUGUUGAUUUACAUCUCUGUGUUGAUGGUGGUGGUAAUGUUUGCAGUCAGCCUCGUUUUGCACAGACUAAGGAGAUUACACCAAGCUGCUGGUAAACAGCAAGGUUUUGAGGCCCAUCAGUCAAAGUCUCUAAUGUUGGUGUCUGAUAACAUAUAAGUGUAGUGAUUUUAUUGUAAUUGUUUUAUUGCAUGUUUAGUUACAGCAUUCACAGUCACUUUUUAAUAUAUGAUUUCAUUAAAGGCAGGGUAACCGAUUUCCGAAUUACGCUUUAGACAACUGAGUCGGGCCUAGUACCAAAACAACCUUGUAGCCAAUCAGCAGUAAGGUGCACAGUGCACAGGUGAAAGAUGGGGGUAGGGGUUUGAUUUGGUGAUUUGAACAUCAACAACGGCUAAGAGAAAUCGGACACCCUGCCUUUAAUGUCCUGAUUUCUACUACAAUGAAUGGUUGGUAAACAGAUGAGAUAAUUUUCAUAAUUGAUCGUAUCUUGUUAUAUACAGUAUAUGUGACACUGGACAACAAAACCAGUCUUAAGGGUAAAAUUUUCGAAAUUGAGAUUUUUACAUAAUCUGAAAGCUGAAUGAAUAAGCUUUCUGUUGAUAUAUGUUUCUAUUUGAUGUAUGGUUCUGUUGAUAUUUGUUAGCAUAGGACAAUAUUUGGCCAAAACUAUUUAAAACUCUGGAAUCUGAGGGUGCAAAAAAUCGAAACAAUCGCCUAUAAUGUUGUCUAUCAGAGGCACUGUAACAGGCUGUUGCUAAGAAGAAACAUGUUUGUUUUAACGUUCUCUUUUGGUUUACUGCUGUAAUGACAUUGGAUUAUUUUGGUAUGGAAUAACAUUUAAUAACAUUAAACUGUUCACAACUAGCCCAGGAACAUGGGUUGUUUUAAGACUUGUCUUUAAGUACACAUUGUUUUAACAAUGUGUUUUUAUUCCUUUCAUGUACUACUUAACAUUAGACCUUAACUACUACUGUAUGUAAUCACAUUAAAUACGAGCAAGACUUUAGAUUUACUGUAACUACGUGUUUCUCACAUUUAUUGCUAAUGGGUUUGAGGUAUUGUUAUAGGUUUAGGUGUAAGGCCAUGUUUAGGGUUAUGGUUAAGGGUAAGAGUUAGAUUUUUAAGCAUGGGUUGGGUUGGGUUACGGUUAGGGGUAACAUUAACAGUGUUAAUACACGUUAAUUAAGUGCAAGUACUUUAAAUGUAAUUGCCAUGCACCAACAUGUAUGCACAUAAUUCUGAAGUAAAUUGUAUCGAAUGGUCAAGUACAGUACAUCGUAGAUAAGGCCAUAUAAUAAUCAUUUGUGACUAAUGUGUUAAACUCUGUGUAGUUCAGUAUGGCAUAAUAUCAGUCAAUAAGGCUUAUGCUUUGUGCUUGUGUGUUCUUGGUUCAGGGCAAAUGCGUUGCACUAUAAAUAAAGGGCUGAUGUGUGACCAACUUGAAGACAGUCUUUGAUAUGAGAAAGUAAACGCUCAAUCCAGAUGUUUGUAAGACUUGUCAGAGACACAGGGCACAGCACUAAAUCACCAUUAGAGACUUUAACACAGGCAUUGAGAUGUUUCACUAAAGCCAUUAUGCACAGAUGGUAAAACUUCACAUGGGGUUUAACAGGGUUAAUAUGCCACUUACAUUAUUGUAUAUUUUCCAUCAUGUACUGUAUUUUGCAAUUUCCACUACAC